CUCCACAGUCUAGCCUGAGACCGGAAGAGAAGAUUCUGAUCCAAGGUCAUACCUGGGCACAGCUGAGUUAGGGACUGGGCUCCUAUCUAACGGGGCUUACUUUUCAGGACAAAAGAAGCAUGGAGUGCAAACUGAGGCCUGUGAGACUCGUCUGCUGGCCAAGAUAGUCCUCACAGCUCGAAAGUCGCGAUAGGUCAGGGUCAUUAUCACCAUGUUCCCAGCUCAGCGCUGCCCACUCCCUCCCGGCGCGGUGAGCACGCACUGCCCCUUUAAUGCCCCAAGUCCUCCUCCCCUUGCAGGCAAAAGCCUGGAUUGCACGGGCCCGCGGGACCGGCGGUCCAGAACGUUGUGCGCGUGCGCAGUUGGACGCGCACCGGCGGCUCUGCGGGGGCCGCGAGCAGGAUGGCGUGCGCUCCGACGGCCCUCGGUCCCCACGCGUUCUGGGCCGUCGCCUGGGGACUCCUGCUGCUGGUCCCCGUACCUGUCGGGGCGCAGCGUGGCAGAAAGAAAGUCGUGCACGUGCUGGAGGGCGAAUCCGGCUCAGUGGUGGUGCAGACGGCGCCCGGACAGGUGGUGAGCCACCGCGGUGGCACCAUCGUCUUACCCUGCCGUUACCAUUACGAGGCGGCCGCUCACGAUCACGACGGCGUCCGCCUCAAGUGGACGAAGGUGGUAGACCCUUUGGCCUUCACCGAUGUCUUCGUGGCUCUGGGUACCCAGCACAGAGCCUUUGGUCCCUACCGAGGGCGAGCCGAGCUACAGAACGACGGGCCCGGGGACGCCUCCCUGGUCCUCCGAAAUGUCACCCUGCAGGACUAUGGACGCUACGAGUGUGAGGUCACCAAUGAGCUAGAGGAUGACGCCGGCGUAGUCAAGCUGGACCUGGAAGGUGUGGUCUUCCCCUAUCACCCUCGUGGAGGCCGCUACAAGAUGACUUUCGUGGAAGCACAGCGAGCUUGCGCUGAACAGGAUGGCAUUCUGGCGUCCGCCGAGCAGCUGCACGAAGCCUGGCGCGAUGGCCUGGACUGGUGCAAUGCAGGAUGGUUGCGCGAUGGCUCUGUGCAGUACCCAGUGAGCCAGGCCCGGGAGCCCUGUGGCGGGGCAGGGAGCAAUGGGGCUGGUGGAGGCACUAACGGAGGCGUGCGCAAUUAUGGAUAUCGCCAUAAUGCUGAGGAACGCUAUGAUGCAUUCUGCUUCACGUCCAACCUCCCUGGACGCGUGUUCUUCCUGAAGCCUCUCCGGCCAGUGGCCUUGGCCGGAGCAGCUCGAGCUUGUGCGGCUCGCGGUGCAACGGUGGCCAAGGUCGGGCAGCUGUUCGCCGCCUGGAAGCUACAGCUGUUGGACCGCUGCACUGCCGGCUGGCUGGCCGACGGCAGCGCGCGCUACCCCAUCGUGAAUCCGCGAACUCGCUGCGGGGGCCCCCGGCCGGGCGUCCGCAGCCUCGGAUUCCCCGACGCCUCACGACGUCUCUUCGGCGUCUAUUGCUACCGCGCUCCAGGUGCCCCAGACCCCGCUCCAGGAGGCUGGGGCUGGGGCUGGGAGGGCGGAGGAGGCUGGGCAGGAGGGUCGAGGGACCCGGCUGCCUGGACCCCGCUGCGUGUCUAGGACUGCGAGGACGGGCGUUUGGGGAUGUUGGUGGCUGAUCCAGGGGCCCUGCACACCCCAUGGAGACAGACUACAUACCAGAGAACCCUUGAACACGCCACACCCCCAUGGUGUGCUGAAGGCUGACUCAACUACCUGUGGUCUUAGGACACUGACCACACCUCCUGAGGUCUCCUUGAAACACAACGUACCCUGCAGUGCCCUGCAGGUUGACUGUGCCGCUCUCUGAGACACCCUGAUAGUGGCCAAGCCCACUUUUUCUGGAUAGUGGAUGUCCUAUCUUCGCGACUUUGUCUGGAAGAGCCUCGCUCCCCGCUCCCAACCCCCAGGAUCUCAGUAGACCAACAGGACCCCACGGUUUCCUAAAAACCUUUCUGUAGCCUCCUGGAAAACAGUCCCUGUCAGUCACCUGGAGGCUGGACCCCCAGGGUUAACUGGAGACUGGUCACACAAACCCUCUGCCUUUCCCAGGAGCUGGAAAGCUGGUCUUAGACAGUCGACUGUCCACCGACUUUUCCUCAUUGCUUGGUGAAGAAACAGAAAACUGUGAGUCAAAAGGUGGCCACGCUCUGUUCCGGCGGGUGGCGCAGAGGCUGGGUAUUCCAGCUUUUCCAGAGAGUCUAACUUUCCAGGGUAACAUGCCUAGUCCCCAGUCACUAUGGAAGAGAGUCCCAACACCUCUGGCUUCAUGGGAGAAUGUCCCCAGCUGGCUCCCAGGGACAGUGGCCAUGCCUACCCUCAGGUAUUUCUCUGGCCAGAGAUUAGACUCGCCUGAAUGUUCCUUCGCAGGCUCCUUGGAGCUGUCACCAAAGACAUCAUUUCCUCAACCUGAACCCCCUGAAAAUCUUACUUGCUAUAGAGACAUGCUGCUCGGCUUCUUACGAUGACAAAGUCACUAUUGCGUCUCUACCUGUCCUCUCGCUCCUUACACCCGGUUCCACACUCGUCCUUUCUUACUGGCCUAGAGCCCAGACAGCUACCACUCCAUUUCCGAAUGUCCCCAUCCUGAUGAACCACUAUGGAGACUGUUUUCCCCACUGAGCCCUCAGGGGGACCCAGCAUUCAUUUCUCUAGGCUCUCUAUGGAAACAAGCUGCCCCAUUCCCAAGGUGCACCUCCCGCUCUUCUCAGCCGUCCAAGUCCCUCCCCCAGACAGCUUGAACCUCACAGCUGUUGCCAUGGAGAGAACAGAACACCUGUCCCUCCAAGGUUUUCCCUCCAGGGUCCUGUCCUACUCAGUUGUCGCUAUAGAGACCGUCAAUGUCUCCAUGACAACUGAUCUGCAGCUCUCAGGAACUUCUUGCCAAGGGCAGAGUUCUGAUUGGAGCUGCCUGCUGUGUUCCUCAAGGGCCCAGACAGGGGUCUGCUUCUGGAGCAGCUGCCCGCCACAGUUCAUUUGCAUGCUAACUCUACUGCAGGCAGCAGCUGAGCACAGGCCGCUACUGAAACCCCCUCCAGCAUUUUAAAUUAUCACCUGUAGGUGAGAAAAGAGACUGUAGCUCUGCACAGGGUCAGAGCUUUCCUUCCCUGGAGAUCAAGGAGGGUGGAAUGUUCCUGAAACCACCAAUUCAGUUUCCUAGGGACCAUGUGUGUUCAAGGGUCAGGACCAACAUCCAAAGACUGUAUAGUCAGACGCAGGAGUUCCCAGCUUUGAGGUGCUGCUUGGAGUAGCAAGUGCCCUGUUCUGCAAAGCCCACCUUUGAGUCUGGAAGCUGGGUGGCUGUGGGCUCAAGCCAUACAUUUUGUUGUAAAAUGUUUGACCAAGUGACAGAACUUGACCAGGCUGUUUCCUCUCUGGACCAGGAUUGCUCGGGGGUCACACAGAGCAGCCUGCAGCCCCGUGUUCAAUAAACCUUUUUCUUUUGAUGA